GGAUAGAAACUUUUUUCCUAUUUAAAACUCUGUAACAGCUCUUUGAUCCAAUCACAACCCGAAGAUCCAAUGGACAAUAACAACCAGCAACCGCCACCACCUACCUCCGCCGCCGUAAUCCCUCCUCCUGGAUCCACACCAGUAUCCCCUUCCAGAGGAGCCUCCUCAUACCACGAACUCCUCCAGCAACAGCUCCAAAUGUUCUGGAACUACCAACGAACCGAGAUCGAACAAGUAAACGAUUUCAAAAACCACCAGCUCCCCCUCGCGCGGAUCAAAAAGAUCAUGAAAGCCGACGAAGACGUCCGCAUGAUCUCCGCGGAGGCGCCGAUCCUCUUCGCCAAGGCCUGCGAGAUUUUCAUCCUCGAGCUCACCAUCCGAUCGUGGCUCCACGCCGAGGAGAACAAGCGCCGGACGCUUCAGGAGAACGACAUCGCCGCCGCGAUCACUCGGACGGAUAUAUUCGAUUUCCUCGUUGAUAUCGUUCCUAGGGAGGAGGAGGAGGAGGAAGAGGCGGCGGCUCCCGCUCCUUAUUAUUACCCGCCGAUGGGUCAGCCUGCUGGAACGAUGAUUGGAAGGCCGGUGGUGGAUCAUGGUGGUGUUUAUGCUCAGCCUCAGUCUCAGGUGUGGCAGAGCGUUUGGCAGAGUUCAGGGGGCGGUGAGGAUGUGUCUUAUGGAAGCGGAGGAAGUAGCGGCGGCCAUGGAAAUAUCGAUAACCAAGGUUGAGAGAGCUUGGAAAGAUUUUAGAUGCUGCCUUGUCUUAAAAGACCAGAAGUUGAGAUUGAUCUUCAACCCUGCCUUGGAUUUUGCAUGUGUCUGAUUCUUAUGCUAGUUUGUGAUUUAAAUGGCUUACUCGAAAGAAGAGAGACAACAGAAAGGCACUUCUAAGUUACUGCAGCAAAAACUGCAGACUUGCUUAACUACAUAAUCUAAAUGUGCAGAUUCUAAUUUAUGUUUUUUUUUUUUUCUUCUACUCUUGCUUCUUGGUAAUGAAUUUACAUAUGAAUGAGGAAUAUACAGUUUGUUGGUUU